AUGAAGACCGAAAUUUUUAUCUCCUACCUUGCCGGCAUUCUCUUUUCUCAAGCAUUUGCGGCUCCUUUGGCUCGUACCGAGCCGGGUCACCAGGCUGACGCCCAAGCGCUCGCGUUCGUUAAUGAUGCUACUCCCGUGGCCAAAGGACUUGCUCCAACUCCAGUGGGCACUUCUAUCGUUAAGCGCGCCUCUGCACACGAUUCAGUAUGGCACGAACCUUUCCACAUUGCGGCUGCGCCCGUGGACACACAUGUUGCUAAACGUGCCGCUGGAAACGACCCAAUCCUGAAUCAGCUCUUCCGUAUCGCCACGCCUCUGGCAGACACACCCGUUGAUAAGCGAGCCGCCAAUGACAACCCCAUCAAUCAACCGCUCCGAAUUAGCGCCUUGACAGACACACCCAUUGUUAGACGAGCAGUUGAGGACGGCAACAACCUUCCUCAGGACGGCAGCAACAUUGGCAUGCAUGAUUCUGGGUUCUACGCCAUUUACUUGACUGAAUCUGCUGAUGAUGCCCGAGAGCCCGCACCCAUCGCCAAAAGAGAUGUUAUUCUGCCGGUUGCUUCUGUGGAUGCACAAAAUGUUGAGGAAAUGGUCGCCGGUCGGGUCUCCAAGCGUGAUGAUGCUCUCUUGCCAUUUGCCUAUCCAUAUGAGGAAAAUGCUGCGGAAAUGGCCAACCCUCGCAUCUCCAGACGUAACAGUGGCCUCGUGCCACUUACCUUUACGAAUGAAAAAGCUGCUAAGGAAAUGACCAACAGUCACAUCGCCAAACGCGAUGACAUUCUCUCGCCAUCUGUAUUCGCAUUUGCAUACGUACAGGCCGCUGAGGAACCCAGUGAUGGUUCUACUGCAAGCAACAUGAUUUAG